AGUGGGAUGGGAAUGAAUUAGCAUAGAAAAAAUGGAGGAGAAGCUUAGUGUAGUGCUUGUGGGUAUGGUUCUAGUUCAUGUGGCAUUGUCUUCAAGGGUGGUGGGUAUCCCCUUAGAAGAUGAAAUCAGAAGCUUGCCAACCCAACCGAGCCCUAACCCCAGUUUCAAGCAGUUUGGUGGGUAUGUCACCAUUGAUGAGAAGCAAGGGAGGGCUCUCUUUUAUUACUUUGUUGAAGCUCACUCGCAACCUGCUUCUCCUCUUGUUCUGUGGCUCAAUGGAGGUCCGGGGUGUUCGUCUCUUGGAGGAGGAGCCUUUAUAGAACAUGGUCCCUUCAAAAUUAACGGAGAAAUUCUGGUCGAAAAUGAGUAUAGUUGGAACACAGAAGCAAACAUGUUAUAUUUGGAGUCACCAGCUGGAGUCGGAUUCUCUUACUCUGUUAAUAAAUCUUUCUAUUCGAGAAUAGAUGAUGAAAUUACAGCCCGAGACAAUCUCCUGUUUCUUCAGCACUGGUUCGACAAAUUUCCAGAAUACAAAAACAGAGAUUUUUACAUCACAGGGGAGAGUUAUGGAGGACACUACGUUCCACAACUGGCGCAGCUCAUUCUUAGCUCCAAAGUGAAUAUCAGACUAAAGGGAAUCGCUAUCGGAAAUCCUCUCCUAGAUUUCGGGAACGACUUCAACGCAAGAGAUGCGUACACGUGGUCACAUGGCGUGGUUUCAGACUCGGCUUAUAAGCUUCUAAGUUCAGUUUGCAACACUUCACGGAUAUAUAAAGAAGUCCUUCAAGGCACCAUUUCUCCAGAUUGCUUCUUCGUUAUUUCCCAGGUUUCCGAACAGUUCUCCAGCUUCAUCGACGUGUAUAAUAUCAUCGGUGACGUUUGCCUCGCCGCCAACAAUUCACAGGCUGCAGCUCUCCUUCAUCCACUUUGGUCGCUGCUCUACACUGCCAAAUCCACAACGCCGCAAUUAGAGCCUCAGGCAAAUGGCGUUGAGAGAGAUAUCUGUUCGCAACAAAAUGCUGCCAAAUACUUGAACAGGAAGGAUGUGCAGCAAGCGCUCCAUGCCAAACUCGUUGGAGUGGCUCAAUGGAGUCUGUGCAACCACAAUUCAGAUUGGCAUUAUGAUCGGACGGAUAUGUUUAUACCGAUGAUUGAUGUCGUUAGCUCACUUGUGAAGUCCAAAAUCCGAGUCUUGGUUUAUAGCGGUGAUCAAGAUUUAGUGAUACCAUUCACGGGAAGUAGAACACUGGUGAGUUCAUUAGCGAAGGCGUUGGGUGUAAACACAAGCGUGGGUUACAGUGCUUGGCUGGUGGACAACCAGGUUGGUGGGUGGAGUGAGGCGUAUGGCAAGUUUCUAUCCUUUGCAAGCAUAAGAGGCGCUGGUCACUUGGCUCCCGAAACUCAGCCCAAGAGAUCUUUGGUGCUUUUCAAGGCAUUCUUACUUGGAAUUCCACUCCAACAAAUCUCUUCUUUUUAGUAACCCUAAUUAAUAAAUAAAGCCUCAGCUAAAUUUACUAUGA